CGGCGGGAGGCUGCGGGCGGCGGGAGGCUGCGGCCGGGGAUGGUCCAGCGGGCGCGAUGGCCCCCGCCAUGCAGCCGGCCGAGCUCCAGUUCGCGCAGCGGCUGGCGUCCCACGAGAAGGGCAUCCGGGACCGCGCGGUGAAGAAGCUGCGCCAGUACAUCAGCGUGAAGACGCAGCGGGAGACAGGAGGUUUCAGUCAAGAAGAACUCCUGAAAAUAUGGAAAGGGCUCUUCUAUUGCAUGUGGGUGCAGGACGAACCCCUCGUACAGGAGGAGCUCGCGAACACGAUUUCCCAGCUCGUCCACGUUGUGAACAACUCAGAGGCCCAACACCUGUUCAUCCAAACCUUCUGGCAAACGAUGAAUCGAGAGUGGAAGGGGAUAGACCGGCUGCGCCUGGGCAAGUACUAUAUGCUGAUCCGUCUGGUCCUGAGGCAGUCCUUUGAGGUUCUGAAGCGAAAUGGCUGGGAAGAAAGCCGCAUCAAGCUCUUCCUGGAUGUGCUGGUGAAAGAGAUCCUGCAUCCUGAGAGCCAGUCUCCUAACGGAGUGAAGUUUCACUUCAUCGGCAUUUAUCUGGAUGAACUGUCCAAAGUGGGAGGGAGAGAGCUUUUGGCAGAUCAGAACCUCAAGUUCAUUGAUCCAUUCUGCAAAAUUGCUGCCAAGACAAAGGACCAGACGCUGGUGCAGACGAUAGCUAGGGGUGUUCUCGAAGUCAUUGUAGACCAGUCUCCUCUCGGGCCCGAAGAGUCCCUCGAGGAGCAGGAACCCCACGCGGCCGAGAGCGAGCACCCUAAAGAAGAGACGCCUGAGUACGCGGUGGCCUGGAGACAGUCCGACAGUAAAAUGAAGACCGCACCGGGCAGGCAGCACUCCGGACCUGAUGGGCUCAGCGGCGAUGGGGAGCACGGUGGUGGGAGCCCGGAGGGCGCUGGGCCCCUGCUCCAGUUCGACUACAAGGCUGUCGCUGACCGACUCCUGGAGAUCACCAGCAGGAAGAACACCCCUCCCUUCAACAGGAAGCGCCUCUCCAAACUCAUCAAGAAGUUUCAGGAUCUCUCUGAAGCAGGCACCAUAUCCCAGCUCAGUUUUGCUGAGGACGUUUCUGCUGAUGAAGAUGACCAAACCCUCAACCGAGGAAAGCACAAGAAAAAAGGAAAUAAACUUUUAGAGAAAUCCGACCCGGAGAAAGAGGGAGGAAACAACUCGUUUCUUGCUGAGGAAGAGAGUGAAGGCAGCAUUCAGAAGAGAAAAAGGAAAAAGAGGAAGAAGGCCCAUCUCCAUCCAGCACAUUUAGGGUCGGGGGCCCAGGCCCUGCCCCCAGAACAGAACGGGAGCGGGGAGCCAGAGGGAAGAGCCCCAAAGAUGCCUGCAGCUGAGCCGGGGGCGCCCGCGGCCCCUGGCCCGCAAGAGCAGGGCGUUUCGGGGCCUGCCCUAGUGCACAGGAAGCGGAAACGACCAAGGAAGAGGAGCCUGAGGGGCCAGGGCGAGAGCGCGGAGACCAUGGACCCCACAUCGCCACAGCCUCUGGAGGACACGGCCCGGGUGCCGUCCCCGCCCGCGGCCCCCACCAGCGGAGCCCCCGUCCACAAGAGGAAGAGGACACUCGGGGCCCUCCCCGUCAAUGGCAGCGGCCCCCCCACGCUGGCCUGGCCCUCGCCCCAGCAGGAGGGCCGUCCAGCCGGCCUGCCCCCGGCCGGGAGACUGAAGAAAAAGAAGGGAGAGCCCAGUGGCCUUGAUCUUCACAACCCAUCCCACCAGAAAACCGCCAUCUUGAAAAAGAGGAAGAAGAUGAAAGAGAUGUGUCACUUGGUGGAGCGCAGUGGAGUGCUCAAGUCCGAAGCCAGGCUUUUCCAGGCUCUGGGCAGUGGGGGGACUUUCAGCCUCUCCAAGAAGCAGCAGCCGAGGACAGAGAAUGACUUUGUGAGGUUCGACACCCCCUUCCUGCCGAAGCCUCUGUUCUUCAGAAAAGCCAAGAGCGGUGCCUCUGCCGCCUGUGCGCACCCUGCCGGGCAGCGGGACAAGACGCCCUCAAGCUCCAAGAAGGUCACCUUCGGGCUGAACCGAAACAUGACCGCGGAGUUCAAGAAGACAGACAAGAGCAUCCUGGUCAGCCCCACGGGCCCCUCCCGGGUGGCCUUCAACCCUGAGCAGAGGCCCCUCCAUGGCGUGCUGAAGACCCCCACCAGCUCACCAGCCUGCACCCCCCUGGGGGCCAGGAAGCUGCUGGCCGCCACGCCAAAGAGAAGGCCCACAGCCAUGGACUUCUUCUAGGGCACCAGAGAGCCCUUUUAGGGACAGGUUUUGUACAGAUGUUCUAUAAAUUGUAACUUUAAGAAGGUGGGUCGUUUUCUAUUGUUUUAUAACCACCAUGAGUUGUACAAACGAGGCUGUGAGCGGAGCCACCACGACUCCACCCCUUCUGCGUGCGUCUUGCGGAUCAGAUCGUUUUGCGACAAACGCCGUCAGCGCAGGGGCUCUCUGGAGGCUCAGGUGCAUGGAUCUGAGUGCGGGAGCUGAGCACCGCGACCGCCACUCGGCCCUGACGCUGCAGGCACCGCAGAGCCCCCAGGGCACAUCCUGGUCGGCUGACGGCUCGGAACUUGGGUGCCCAGCGCAGCGUGUGUUGGGGGGGGCCGGCUUCCAGUGGCCUGCAGUCCUUGUGAAGCAUGUUGGCAGCGCCCCACCCACCCACCCUGCCGGCCUCGCGUGUGCUGGGCAGGGCUGUGUUGGGCCUGUACCCCGUCAGCCGUCGGUGGUGGUUUCUCUCUGGGUGCCCAGCGGAGGCGGGGAGGGCAGAGCCCCUGCCCCUGGGCCUUGUCCCCUUCCUUCCCUGUGUCCUACCUCUCAGGCCAGCCCAAGUGUCUUCACUGGUGAGCGCCCCCCGGCUCUCACCCGGGGCCGCCAGCACCGCCUUCCGGCAGGUCACGUGCUCUGCUUCCCUCCUCCAAACGCGAGCCUUUGCGCCAGCGCUCGCCGCGACUGGCGUCCCCCAAAGCAGCUUUCCCGACUUGGAUUAAAAUUCCUAUCUUCAGAGGUGUGGCGUUGGAGUCCGGACGCCAGAGCCCGUGCCAGGGCAGAAGCACGCAGCCCUCCGGGGUUCCUUCUGCAUAUUUAUGUGCCCGUAGCUACCUUUUAUCUGAAGUAUUGCAGCUUGCACUUACAAUUUUUAUAGAGUUCUGAUUUCAGUUAAUCACACGCAUCAGCGGAAGGCGCUCCGACUUCAGUUGGAGAAGCAGGAGCAGAGCGUGGGGAAGCUACGUCUGUCCCUUGAGCCUGCGUGACGGACGGUGCUCACCCAGGGAAGGACACUGGGGCGCCCCAGCUCCUCCUUGAGUUUAUGAAAUAACAGAUCACACUCUUGAAGAAGAGAGAUGUGAUUGGGUCUGUAGGCCUGGCACACGGGUGCCCAGUGCUUCCCUGGGUCUCUCUCUGCACAGGGGACCUCGGGCCUCCUGGGAGUGAAAACUGCCACCUCCCCCCACUCCUCCCCUGGAGAGGGCCCCGGCAUUGCCUCUGUGGGGCCGGCCACAGCUUUGGGUGACAAGGGGCUCCUCCGGGAUCGUGGGACUGUGUUGAUUUGAUUUUGGUUUCUUAAUCACGUGAUCAGGGUGGGGCUUCAUCUGCGAUACUGCUUCUGCGGGGUCGGGCGGCCCCUGGGAAGGAAGUGUGACCCUUGUCCUUUGCCUGCUCUGUGUUAAAGUCCUGUCACAAUUAGGCCACGAGGAGAAUAACACCAAACUGUCAAGUAGUGGUUGUAACAAGAAGUCUUAACACUGUGUAACGGUGACUGUGGUGGCGUUUGUAUGGGGUCACGUGCUGCAUUUGGUAAAAUACAAUCACAUUCAGAACCAAAUCUGAUCGUGUGACGAGGUUAGAUUUGAAUAUUCAAACUUUGUUAACUUUUUGUUUAAAAGAAAUGUCUCGUUACCCUCGGCCAGAUUAUUUUUCUAACGGUUUUUGCUUUAGCUUUAAUGAUGGGCCACGUAAUCCCGCUGCGCGAAGGCGUCUCAGCACCAGGGUGCACCCGUCUGCUGAGGCCCCCGUGGAGCGUCCCUGAGGGGCACCUGCCAGUCCUGCUGUCCUUCUGGACCCGGGCCCAGGGGUGACGGUGUGUCACCCUUGUCUCAGUCUGUCCUCACUCACUCUGUUCUCUGGGUGAGUUCAGGAGGUUUGCUGAGGCUUAUUUUUAAUGCCUACAUUUUGGCAACGAAGGAAGAAAAAAAAUUUUUAAUUCUCAUUACAUACACAUUCAACAAGAAUGUGUCAUACAAAGAAAAUGUAUUUAGGAAACCAAUUUUCUAUUUGAUGCAUGUUAUUUUCCUAGGUGAAAUCACUAAGGGGGCUGGAAGCCCAAAGCGGAAAUGAUUUACGUCCACGCUGGUGAUCUUACAGUAUUUUGUACAGCCGUCAUCUUCCCCCUUACCCUGUUCGUCUGGUUGGUUUUGUACAAUUUGGUAUCACUUUAUAAAUGUGUAAUCCUUUCUAACUCCUAUUUACCCGAAAGCACAAAGAGGGGUCAAGGCCAUCUGGAAGUGGUUAUUAGUGUUGGAAAGGACAUGAAAUGGAAGCUGUGUUUUGAUCUGUCUUCUCUGAUCUGCCUGACCGCUGGCAAGAGCCGCCUGUUUACAGUCCCUUUGUACCCGUGUCUGCAGAGUGUGUGGGUCACGUCAAAGCCAAGUCCAAUAAACAGCCUGUCUUUGCACUCGGA